CUCCGCUGUUGCCCGGCCCACCCCUCCCGCACAGCUACCUUACCAACUUACCUAUCAGGUACGUACCAACCUACGUGUGCUGCGGAAUUCUCCCCCUCCAUACUUUAGCGGGCCCUCCUAUUCCUUCCGCAGCCCAGUCUCAAACCGACUCACGAAGCAGCGAAACUACGAAGCCACCACCACAUCCUUUUUUUCUCCCCCAAGGCUGUCAGCAACCAUGGCCUCUACGCGCGAACGUCGGAUAGCGAAGGAGCUUGCCGACAUUCACAAUGACAAGGAUAACUCGGGCGUCGUCGCGCACCCUGUCGACCCCGCCAAUCUGACCCAUCUCAAGGGCACAUUUCCCGGUCCCCCCGACUCACCCUACGCCGGAGGCACUUUCCAGGUCGACAUCGUCAUUCCGGAGAUGUACCCCUUCAAGUCGCCCGUCAUGAAGUUCGACACCAAGAUCUGGCACCCCAACGUCAGCAGUGUUACGGGAGCUAUCUGCCUCGACACGCUUGGCGCCGGCUGGUCGCCCGUAGGCACCAUCAAGAUGGCACUGAUCUCGCUGCGCAUGCUCCUAGAGUCGCCGAACCCCAAGGACCCUCAAGACGCCGAGGUGGCGAAAAUGCUGAUGGAUAGCCCGGCCCAGUUCGCUCAAAAGGCACACGACUGGUCUGUCAAGUACGCGGGCGCGCCGAGGCGCGACAUCGCCGCCGAGACGUUCGAGAAGCAGAAGGCUGCCGAGGAGAAGAAGGACGACCCUUCGAGGUACCAAGGGUAUAGCCGGGUUCUGGUCGACCGUUUUGUCGGCAUGGGAUUCGAUGUCGACCAAGUCGUCGAAGCGUUCAACUUUGUCGGCAUAGACCGCAACGGUGGAGAAGACUACGAUCUCGAAGAGGCAUACAUGGGUGAUAUCACCGCCCGGCUACUCGGCGAACAGUAGAACAAUCGACCUCUGAACGCGGCCGGGAAGGCGGUAAGAGCAAAGUGUAGCUGCGGUUUUCCACACACGACUUUUGUUCUACGAAAUCUUUCUCAAAUA